GAGGAUCUGGGAGUAGUAACAUGGAGAGCCAGGCAAGGUGCAUCACCCCCUUCCCAAAUUUCUUAGCACCAGAUGUGAAAGUGAAAGAGGAGAUGCAAAAAUAGGCCAGCGUCCUGAGUUAAGGUGAAAGCGAAAGCGGUUGCAGGAUACGUGGAGCCCUGAAGAAAACAGGCUUCCGCCUUUCUUGCUCCCUGCUGGUCCCACUCUUCUAACCACCGACUGCCAAUCCACGGACGGCCCCGACAGCCCCGAGAUGCUGCAAACAGCACUCGAGCCCCGAGGGGGCUUCUCCUUCGAUAACUGCCUGAGAAACGCAUCUUUGGAACGCGCCCUCCCAGGACUCCGGGUCCCUCAUGCACGCAAGACCGGGACCACCAUCGCAGGCCUUGUGUUCCGAGACGGAGUCAUCCUGGGCGCGGAUACGCGGGCAACUAACGAUUCGGUCGUGGCGGACAAGAACUGCGAGAAGAUCCACUUCAUCGCGCCGAAAAUCUACUGCUGUGGUGCUGGAGUAGCCGCUGACGCCGAGAUGACCACUCGGAUGGCGGCGUCCAACAUGGAGCUACACGCACUGUCCACGGGCCGAGAGCCCCGCGUGGCCACGGUCACGCGCAUUCUGCGCCAGACGCUCUUCCGGUACCAGGGCCACGUUGGUGCAUCGCUGGUCGUGGGCGGCUUAGACGUGACAGGACCGCAGCUCUACAGCGUGCACCCCCAUGGUUCAUACAGCCGUCUGCCCUUCACGGCCCUGGGCUCCGGCCAGGACGCAGCUCUGGCGGUGCUGGAGGACCGGUUCCAGCCGAACAUGACGCUGGAGGCCGCGCAGGGGCUGCUGGUGGAAGCCAUCACUGCAGGAAUCCUGGGUGAUCUGGGCUCCGGGGGCAAUGUGGAUGCAUGUGUGAUCACGGAGACUGGUGCCAAGAUGCUGCGAACACUGAGCUCGCCCACAAAGCCCAUAAAAAGGCCUGGCCAGUACCUGUUUGCCCCUGGGACCACAGCUGUCCUGUCCCAGACAGUGACGCCACUGCCACUGGAGCUGGUGGAGGAAACCGUGCAGACCAUGGAAGUGGAGUGAAGCAGGCUGAGGCUUCAAGCUUGGAACAAGGGGAAUAAACACAGAAAAUACAAACAGCUGAA